AUGGCUUUAACAAGCACUGCCGGUGCAGCUGCAGCAGCAGCCGUCAAUUACGACGGCACAGAAGUUGUAGACCACCCACCGUCUGCUUCGUACGGAUUUGUCCACGACGAUUUGCGGUCCGCGGAGGACGUGCUCUACCCAGAGCGCGCGUCGGGAAUUGUCAUUUUGAAGCAGGACACCGUGAUCCAGCAGUUCGUUCGCGAAGUCGGCGUGCCCGUGCUCUUUCACGACGCCGCACUUCUGGAACUUCAGACCGCCUGGGUGCACCGGGAAAUCAUGCCCGGAGACUUUUUAGAAGCAGGAAAAACAGUUACUGGCGGGAAAAAUGGGGACGUAAAAACUACGUCAGGAGACAAUGAAUCUGUCUUCGCGAAGGCCUGCGAAGCUACUACAAACGGGUUGAACAACCAAUUACGGACCGUCAAUGCGUCACUCGCCACCAAGCGGUUCGGCGAAGCUCCGGGUAGUUGUUCGGAGUGGUUUACCGAGAAUUUUCUCGGGGAUCCAAGGGCCUCGUCCGAGUACGUGAUCGGCUCCGACGUGGUAAACAGCACGGACACGCUGGCGGACCCGUUCACCGACCGCAGUUUCUACACGGAUUCCAAGGAGUGCUCCAUGCUGGAAAUGGCCAUGAGCGAGCUCCGAGUGAAUGUUGUCUUGGCGCUGCUGGUAUGGAUUGCAAAUGUGUCUGGGUCUGGAAGAUUGCAACUUGUCAUGCUAAAUCCGAAUCAUGCAAAAAGAAAAAUCUGUGUUGCAUGAGUGCCAAAAGCUAUCCACUUUCGACCAAGUUGGGAGGGAGUUUCUCACGCAGGAUAGGCAUGACAGAGACCUCACAGAGUCUUUCAUACUAGGUCCCGCAUUCCAAACCGCAGGGGUCAGGGAAAUCCUGCAUGACAAGUUUACAGUCUUCCAGACCCAGACAUAUUUGCAGUUGAUAGCUGGCCCGGCCGGACCUGAACUCCGCGCUGAUUACCAGCUCCGUGUUAUCAAAUGCAAAUACGUCUGGGUCUGGAAGAAUGCAACUUGUGAUGCUGCAUUUGGAUUCCAAGAAAAUCUGUAUUGCAUGAGUAGCAAAGGGAGCGCGUUUUUUGCUACGCCCAGAGGGCAUUUGUCAUGCGGAAUAGGCAUCAAGAAGCCCUCAAAAAAUCUGUGAUGCUAGGGCGUGCAUCACGGACAUCAUGGCUCAUGCAAAACGUGCGUGACAAGUCUCAGAAUGUUUCAGACCCAGACAGAUUUGCAUUUGAUAAGUGUACGAGAAGGCACUUUCCUACGCCUUAGAUCGCGGCUUCGGGAUUCAAUCGCGGUCCUCCUUCAGUUACAACGCAGCUGCGCGACGGGAAAACGCCGACGGUCUGGACGCCCGAAGCGACACGCGCGUAGCCGCCAGCGCCGUUCUGAACCUCUUCCCACCACGGGGGUUCGAUCUCUGGCAGAGCAUUUGUGCGUUAUUUCAGAUGAAAAUCAGGGAAGCGACGAUGCGUGUCACCACUGUCACAGAGGACGUCCUCGAGACGGGGCAGUGGUGCGACGAGGUCGUGGGUACAAGGACUUCUACCGGUGGCGCCGCGAAUGGCAAGAGCAAUGCUCGUUUUGGGCAUGAUCAACAAGAAGAAGACGAAGCAGUUGAAGUAGAAGUUGCAUCUUCAUCACCAGUAAAAAGAACAGGUGAAGAACGCAAAAUAAAUGCAGCAGCUGCGGCCGGCGCCGACGCAGAUGACUCUCCAACUACUGAACGCCAAACAUCCACCACACGACGCCCAGGAGCAAGUAGGAGAUUUUUACAUAAGCGGGUCCACAAGUGGUACCAGUUUGAACUGAAAUCGAUCGAGGCGGAGUCGCGCUCCGUGGCAAAGUACGACGAAGAAGUGCUUACGGCAAUCGAGACCUACAUGGGCAUGGGGAUUUACUCGGACACCUACAACACUUCUUGCCUGGACCGCCGGGUGUUUACCGACGCCGCGUUGCGCUGCUUGAAACAGGAGUACUACAAGUGGAAGCGGGAACAGCGGCCGAAACACAUUCUCGGCCUGCACUGUAUGGAAGCGUCAGGUUUGAAAUCGACAAAAUUAUUGAAACUGUCAUGCAUAAGAUGCAAGGCAUGAAGUGCCUGUCUUGCCGGGAUGGCAAGCAAGGCCGAUUGUGAGCCUGUUUAGGGUUUGAGAUAGAGCUGUUAAAGUAGCAUGACAAAAGCAGUCUUCUGUGCCCAAACAGCAUGACAAAUUGGAUUCCGGUGCUCGGAAAAUUUGUCAUGCGCCCCCUGAUAAGUGGGCUUUCGACUGGUAUCGGUUUUAUGCAUGGCAAACUAUCUCAACUUUGACGAUGUCGAUUCUGACACUCCCAUACACUGCUGCGGCGUGCAGUGGAAGAACCUGCGCUGUGAACUCGUCGAGAGGCAAGUAGUUUCGACGGUAGUUGCCGCGCCGGUUGAGCAUAUGCAUUGCAAAAGUAUCGUACUAGUAUGAAUUGCAUUACAAAUUCACUUAGCAUUACAAAUUGAAUUUGUAAUGCGGAUCUGCCUCGAUAAAAAGAUUUGUAGAUGCAUAAACGCAAUUAGUACGAGUGCGAUACUUUUGCACAGGAAAGAGCAGGCGGGUGGACAGAAGAAGAAGCAGCAAGCGGAGUCGCUGGCGCAGCAGCGGAAAUACCAGACGGAGCUGCGAGACGUCAUGGAGGGCUACUGGGGCUGAGGAAUCUUGAAUCUUCAGAACUUGUGAUGUGGUACCCGAACCCGGUUUGUGUAUGUGCAUGGCGAGACUUAUCUCUGCGAGCGCGCUUCCACCAGAACAAAACGAAAUAAAAGUGAAAGCUCUUUGUUCUUCAGGUUGACAACUGUUGUUGUUGAGUUCAUGAGCACGGAGAUUUUUGCAAUCAUUCUUUUUUGGCUUCGAAUUUGAAAAAG